UACAAAUUCCUGCUCCACUCUCUCUUCACUGUCUCUGCGAAACUGUGUAUUUUACUCUGGUAUUAUUAUUCACUGCUGAUUGUGUUAGUAGCUGACAUAAACAGGUUCAAUUAUUUUAUUUUGUUUUUUGGAAAAUCAGAUAUGUAUGUAGCUGGCUUUCUGUAGUGGAAUGUCUUCCUCAAGCCUUACAACAUCCUCUUCUACUGGAGAACACAUAAGCUCCAUUCACAAACCCACAUCCAAGUAUAACGCCCUGUCCAAUGGACUACGCCAGAUCACUCCCAGCUCAAUUGUGUGUUCUAUGUUUUGUGGAGGUAAAGGUUGCAAGUAUGAUAACCCAAGCAAGUGGUCCGACAGCCAGAUGGCCAUCAAAGGCCUGUACUCCUCAUGGGUAACAGAUGAUGUUUUAGCAACCUCAAGACCAUCCACAGAUGCAAUUGAAAAAUUUGACAUUAUCCACCAGUUUCAAAAGGCUGGAAUCAAAUCAAUUGUAAACUUACAGACAGCCGGUGAGCAUGCGAGCUGUGGGAAUCCACUCGAGCCGUCUGGGUUUUCCUACGAGCCAGAUGCCUUCAUGAAAGAAGACAUAUUUUUCUAUAACUUUGGCUGGGACGACUAUGGUGUGCGUGCAUUGCCCUCCAUCUUGGAUAUGGUCAAGGUGAUGGACUUUGCUGUCCAAGAAGGAAAGGUGGCAGUGCAUUGUCAUGCUGGUCUGGGGAGGACUGGUGUUCUUAUUGCAUGUUAUUUGAUCUUCAAUCGACGGAUGGAUGCAGACCACGCCAUUCAUUAUGUACGAGAAAAAAGAUGCGGUGCAAUACAGACAAAGGGACAGAUGGAGUGUUGCCAGCAGUUUGCGCAAUUCCUUAUCCCCUUAAGGGUUGUGUUUUCCUCCUGUGAUCCGUGUGCAUUUCCGUUCACACUGGCACAGUAUCUGAAUCGACAGCGGUACAUACUCCACGGAAGUGAACAACGGAGACUCAAGUAUAUUCCUAAGAUUGUAUCUCUCGUCUGUCAACGAUUGUUACAAUUAGCAGCACGCAAACCGGUGGAUUCAUCCAAUCAGACUGUUGAAAGUUAUGAUGUAAAAAAAUGCCAUCCAAAGGCAUUCAAGGAAAUGAGAAAAGAUUCAAUCGAUUCAAAUGAUACUGAAAAGACAAGCAGAAGUCAAGACGACAACGACGGCUUCAAAAAACGUAAAAAAGUUUCACAAUUACGCAAAAUGCAAAGAAAAUCAUCCAGCGUGGAGCACUUGGUUGAGAGCUCCUCCAAGAAAAAAAAUAAACAAGGACAAAAAAAUAAAUUUAGCUCAAGUAGAAAACAAACUUUAAAAGAUAAGAAUGCAAAUGACUCUGAAGAUGAAUAUUUUAAUAGGUAUAGACAGUCAAAACAGAAUGUGAAAACUUUAAGUACAACAUCAAGAUCUUCCGACAUGUUGCUCCAAAGCCAUUUCAGUAGAAGUCAGUAUAUCCUGAGUGAUGCUCUAAGCCUUGAGGAUGAUAGCAGUGUGGAUGAAGUGUUUGUUGUUGCUAAGGCAUUGGCAUUUGAUAUUGAUGGUAAUCUGAAAGAUGGAAACUCUGAGAAAAGGUCUGCUGUAGAGGGAUUAAAACAAAGGGUUGAGUCGCUUCAGAUGAAUUUAAAUGCACAUAACAACACAUGGAAUAUCCUAACAACUGAGGAGGACCCGUUUGUACUCAGCUGCCUAAUGUGGUCAUGGCUCCAUCACUUAAAGGAACCAGUACUUAGUGCAAAGGAUGUAGAGCACCUAUGUGAUAAUACAGACGACCCAUGGGAAGCAUUAGAGAGUUUUGAUAAGGGGUUAAAAAACACAAUGCUCUGUAUUGUCAAUGUAUUAGCUUGCCUUCGACCACUUAGCCAGAAACUAGAGAAGUCAGCUCUUACCAGAAUUGUUUAUGGACUAACUCAUGCUGAAGUAAUAUCACAUCACAAACUUUUCUACAACCAAUUUACUGAUGAAUUCUUGGUGAAUUUAGUGGGGGCGCUACAGAUGGCAGCUUCUAACAAGACAAGAAAUGUUCAAAAAACUGAGAAGUUUCAGCAGAUGAAAAUAAAGAAAUUAAGAGAAAAACCUUCUCAUAAGUACCACAGUGAAAGUGAGGAAGAUGAAGAUGAGGAAGACACCGAUAAUGAGGAUAAACAAGAGGAGGAGGAUGAAGAUACUGAAGAGGAAGAAGUCAAGAAAAUUUCUAAAAAGAAAUUUUUGAAAAGGAAUAAGUCCAAACCACCUUUGCUAGAACUUUUUUAAGUCAGUUUCUACUGCUCUGUCCACACUAACAAAUUUAAUAUGAUUGUGAUUUGCCCAUAUAUUGUUGUGAAAUGACAUCAUCAUGCCCAUAUAUGGUUUUUGAAUAGACUUUGUCAUGCCCAUAUAUGGCUGUUAAAUGAA